ACAGCAGGGAAGGAAAGCUGAGAAGAGGAACAGUGGAGUGAAGUGAGAAGAGAGAGGAGGAGGAGGAGGACAGGACAGGAAAAUAAAGGGGCUUCCAUUUGAAAGUCCUCGCGUCAGGAUAUGAGCUCCUGGCAAGUGUUGUAAAGAAGAGGUAGACGACGGGGGAGACGAAGAAGAGACGGGGAGAAUCUGAGCCAAUAGAGACUGGAGUGAUUUUUACUUUAUUUCAUUUUUUUUGUCCAAGAGAGACGGAGACAAGUGGAGGCAGCGAUGCAGAGCUCUCACUGGGAGUGUGUGGUGUGUCUGACGCCGUCGGGGUGCCAUGGCUUUGGUUCAGGCAUUACCUGUGACCGUGACUGACCACCCAAAUCCAGGUCUCGACGUGCAGCAGUGCCGGCCGCUAUCAUCCCAUUCCCCCUCAGGCCCCUGCCCCGGCCCCUGUGGGCCCUGCAGUUCCGGGAUCGCCAUGGGUUCUGUCAGCAGCCUCAUAUCUGGCCGGACGUAUCAGGAGAGACACUGCCGGGCCGCCAGCGAAUUCACCACAAAGUCACGCCGCUCCACGCCAGCCACCAGCUGCUUCCGCCUCCAGGAUAACACCCUCCGCAGUGGGAGCUCCCUGGAGCAGCUGCUGGUUAUCAGCAACCAAACGCUUCCCCAGGCUCAGGUCAUUCCUCCACCGCUGCCCACCAAGAAGCAGCCCCGGCCCGGUAACUCUGCUGGGGCAGGCAGUGGAACGGUUGCUGGAGCAGUAGAUUCUGGCACUAAUGGAAACUUGGGGUUUGUGAGCGAUGAGGUGGUGGUUGGAGACUGGAACGAUAACCUGGUAGUGGCAGCUGCAAGCCCCUGCAGUGACUCAGAGGACCAAAGGGAUCACAGGACUCUGAAUGGCAACAUUGGCGGGCCUCCUCCCAAACUCAUCCCAGUGUCCGGGCAGUUAGAGAAGAACAUGGAGAAAGUGCUGAUCCGUCCUACAGCGUUCAAACCUGUCGUUCCCAAGAACCGUCACUCUGUGCAGUACUUGUCACCACGGCCAGCGGGCAGCAGUUUGUCAGAGAGCCAGGCCAGCCUCAACCUCCUGCUGCCCCUUGGAGGGUCCAACAGCGCCGGCGGCCCGAACGGCAUCGUAGGGAGCAGCAGUUCCAGCUCCGAAGGGAAGCGCAACUCCUACAGCGGAGGUCGUAAUGCCCGGGGAAGCCAGUCCUACUCCAUGUCAGAUUCAGGGAGGAACUCCCUCUCCAGCCUCCCCACUCACAGCAGCACAGGCUACAGUCUGGCCCCCAGUGAGGGCUCCAGCUCCGGGUCUGGCUCCGGGGUCCAGCUGGAGCCCGUGGCAGGACUGGGUCGAAACAUUUCAGGUGCAAGUGGGAGCCACGGCCACACUAACUCAGACAGUGGACGUUCCUCAUCAAGCAAGAGCACAGGCUCGGGGUCGCUAAGUGGGCGCGGGCAGCCGCUGUCAGACAGCGGCUCCUGUGGCCACUCGCCGCCACCCGUGGAGGGCUACGAGGCGGUGGUGAGGGAGCUGGAGGAGAAGCUGAGGGAACGAGACCUGGAGCUCCAGCAGCUCCGGGAAAAUCUGGAUGAGAAUGAAGCUGCCAUCUGCCAGGUGUAUGAGGAGAAGCAGCGUCGCUGUGAAAGAGAGAUGGAGGAGCUGAGACAGAGCUGUGCAUCAAAGAUGAAGCAGGCUUCUCAGAAGGCCCAGAGAGCACAGCAGGUGCUACAGUUACAGGUAUUUCAACUACAGCAGGAGAAAAAGAAGCUGCAGGAGGACUUCUCCUCGCUGCUGCAGGACAGAGAGACGCUGGAAAGGAGGUGUGCCACCAUCCAGAGGGAGCAGACCCAGCUGGGGCCACGUCUGGAAGAGACAAAGUGGGAGGUGUGUCAGAAGUCAGGAGAGAUCUCCCUCCUGAAGCAGCAGCUGAAGGAGCUCCAGUCGGAGCUCAGCCAGAAGGCCGGAGACAUCGUGGUGCUGAAGGCCCAGCUGAGGGAAGCCCGUUCUGAGCUACAAUCCAGCCAGGCUCGAGCCCACGAGGCCGGGGCGGCCCUGCGGACGCGAUCUCUGGAGCUAGAAGUCUGUGAGAACGAACUCCAGAGGCGCAAGAGCGAAGCUGAGCUGCUCCGGGAGAAAGUGGGCCGCUUGGAAGAAGAGUCAGCCCGCCUCCGUGACACUCUGUCCAAUCACAGCGGACACUCUCUACCUGGAAAUCUGACCAUGAAGGGGCAAUGCAUGAGCCUCUCCCUCCAGCAGGGUAGAGUAAUGACAGGGAGGGGCGGUCCCAGUCCGUCUUUGUACCGAGAUGCAGAGGAGACUCAUCUGGUCUGGGGAGGGGAGAGUGAUGAAGCCAAGGCUCAGAGGCAGAAUGCAGAAGCAGUGUUGGGACUCAGACAACAGGUGGACAGGCUGAAGGCUGAACUCAUGUACGAGAGGAGGACGGGUGAAGAGCAUCUGUCACGGUUUGAGGAUGAGAGGAGGGUGUGGCAGGAGGAGAAAGAAAAGGUAAUCCGCUACCAGAAACAGCUGCAGCAGAACUACAUCCAGAUGUACCGCAGAAACCGGGACCUUGAGCGAGUGAUGCGGGAGCUGAGUCUGGAGCUUGAGAGCAGGGACAUGGAGGACUAUGAGGUUCACAGUGGCAGCAACGACAUCCACUUUGAGGAAAUCACCGCCACUGAGAUCUAAACUCUCACACACACACACACACUCCCACACACAUACACACUCUUAUAGUUAUAUGUGCACAAAAACAUGGAAACACAACACACAAAAGACUCUGAGGAUGUAAACCAAACAUUGAAGUCCAGGCCAAAUACUGCACUAUCUUCAACAUGGCUUUACCUGGACCACUGAGCAAGCACUCACCACUCGUCACUGUAAGAAGGGAAAUCUCCCAAAGGUGCAUUCUUACUUCCUGCUUACAGACAAGUACUCCAAUAAAUCCUUAUGAAGUGUCCCCUUCUGGCACUUUUAAAAGGUUUUACUCCACUACAAAACCAGCACAAAGACUUAUUUCCUUCUGUGGGAACAAAAGCGGUGAAGAAAGUAUUUCUCCCUCAGACCACGUUCAAAUCAGGGUAGAAAAAAUAGUCGUGAACUUGAAGCAAAAAAUGUUACUACAGGCACAGCAGUGUGGUCAAAGUGCAGUCACCCCUUUUUGCGAUAGCACACAAGUUAAACACCCGGCCACGAGCUUGCAUGUAAUGAUGCAUCAUGACAGCAGUCACAUCAACACCACUGCUGCUGGCUAUUUAUGAUGAUCUCAUCACCCGUCCAAACAACAAUAGCAACUGCACUAGUCCUUCAAGUAACUGAAGGGAAACUUACACCAAACAUCUGCGCUUUGUAUUGUAUGGUGUUAAGAGGAUCAGCAGAUCAUUUAAUUUUACAAAUGAAAAAAAGGAUAAGAUUAUUGUUGUUUUGUGCUCGAUUUCCUCAACAGAGUGUAUUUAACAAAGAAUGUAUUGUGACUGUUAUCACUCCAGAGAAAUGCAGUAUAAAUGGUCAUCACAGCCAAUUAAAGAAUCUGCUCACCCAGGGAAGCAUGGCACCGCUUUGCACAACUUUUCUGUGCAAUUUUGUUCCGGCUACAACCCGUUCUUGUGGAGAAAUCAUCAAACUUCAAUAUAAAAGUUUUGACAUUCACAUGUGGACAUCCUAAUCUGUCUUUUCCCAAACCACGAGGACAAAGAAACCAAAAGUUUAAAGGACACUGCUCAUGUUUUCUAGACAACCAACGUUCAUGCUGUCCCACCCGACCAAUGUCUCAACUCUGUCAACACACCAAGCUCUGACAUAAAGAUUUACAUUUUACAACUAUGUAGCACUAUAGGAAGCGGACCGUAGCAUGGGAGAUAUCACCAGGAUGCAGCUGAUUCUCCUCUCUCUACUUCUAUUUCUGCCUUUGUCUCUAUGUCUGCUCUCUCUUUCCAACUCUAUCUCUGCUUCUUACACAACUAUUUUUAUAACAGUCGGCAGUCGGUAUAAGGAAGCUAAAAAUGGAGCAUAUUCUUUCAAUUCAUUCGUGACGUCACUGAGAGAUUUAAGGAAUGCUUAUUCAGAGUUUCCGUUUAUUCUCCUUCAUUCCCAUUAGUGCUCUUUAUUUAGCUUUUGCCAGCCAAAAGCAAAAAAAAACUUUUUAAAGUCUUCCUAGUUUCCCCCAGACUAUAAUCUUCACUGACUGCUAUACGCGUAGCAAGACUGGCAUGCCUGCAUGUCUUUGUUAUAUCAGAUUUUAGAAGAAGGUGGUUCAGAUAGCGGUGAGGUGAGGAUUUGCAGAUGCAGUAGCUCCAGAGUGUCCUCAAGGCAAGAUGGCUGUUAAAGCCCUGAAUAUAAACCUGUGGGGAGCAUGUUAACAUUUGAAGCUGCUUUCUCACAGGUUAUGCAGGGCUGUGUGUAACACUGAGCACGGGAAAAAAAAGUAGUGGGCUGAGAACUUUUAUUUUACAAAGAGUCUAUAUCAAGGAAUAACAGUUAAAUGGAAAUCUAUAUAAUGGAGGAGAUGUUGUAUAUUUUUUUAUAUAUAGCACCUGAAGAUAUUUUGUUGUAGUACUGAUAUAAGUGUGGGUUUAAUAUACAAAGUAUAAAGAAACUUCUAUAUGUAGAUGAAUAUAUAUAUAUAUCACAUACCAAUAUUUCAAAUGAUGCAUCAGUUAUAAAUGGAGACGGCAGCAUAGAUUUAGUGCACCUGAUACUGUACUGCAUGGAAAUAUGUUUACAUUAUGUAAUCUGUGUGACAAAAACUCUCUAAUGACCAAACUUUGCAGCUGAUAAACACAGUUGGGAUGUGGGGCUUUUAUUUUAGGCUCAGUUUUGACCUGUUGUCUCUCCAUUUUGAUUGAUCUUUCAUUUGAUCGUCAGUAUCAUAAUAUCGCACUGAUUCAUGUCUUCAUCUUUGGGUCUCGUGCUCGUCGUUUGUUUAUAAAAGCAUUAGACGGGUCAUUUUUGAGUGACUUCUUCGUUUAAACUGAGGUCAGAGCUGAUGCAAACCAAGAAAGUGUUAUGUUUCUUAUACUUGAAAAUUCAAUCGAACCCCUUUCAGAAAAUGUGAUCAGCAUAUUUGAUCAGUCUAUAUUUUGCAUGACCUUACCACAUUCACUGUGGUUUGAGAGAUUUUGUAGAUUAUUACAAGACUGCAUACAUUAACAUAAAGCCAUGGGAAGUGACUUUGAAAAGAGCAAGUAGGGUUUGUCCCACCAUAUUUAAUAUCUCAACCAGACCUAGACUGUUAUUCACUCUCCACAGAUGCAGUGCAGGUUCAGAUAAACACAGGUGAUGCAAACCAAACUGAAAUGUACUGUGUGCAUCCCGGACUUCCGCUUUUUCCUCACAUCGCAGUUCUCUUCAUCGUGUCAUAACUUUCUGUGUAAAUAUGUAAAACACUAAAUAGUAUAACAGAGUGACAUUGUCUUUUAUUUAGACAAAAUAUCUAUUUCAAAUGUAGCCACUGUGACUAGACCAAAGCAACGUAACACAUUUUCCUCUUUUUUUGUUGUGGCAUUUUUCUCAUCCUUUUGUGUGCAUUUUUUUUAAAUGUUUACUUACGUUGUGUCUUCAGUAAUACAUAAAGUAUGUAGUUGUCCAUGUAUAUUUUUAUGUGUACAUUUCUUGUACAAAUGACUGUUUUUAAUUAAAGAACAAGUUGUCA